AUGUUUUCCAAUUUCAGUCUGGAUAAAUUAACCACUUCGAUCAGCACAGCUGCUCAACAGGUGGAAGAAUCCCUAAAGAAUAAUUCAUAUCUGCCAACAGAAGUCUCCAACACUCUAUCGUUUAAGAAGACAAGCAGAUUCUUUCAAGAGAAAGUAGGCACUAUUUCCGAACAUGAAAUCUCCAAGUUGCCAGAAAGUUACAUCGGUUUGGAGCAAAAGACAGAUCAAUUAGUGAAAAUCUUAAAGAGAAUCAUUAUUGUGACAAAGACUUUCGAGAUCGACGGGUAUGACUACCCACCGAAUCUGACCGAGAGUUUGAACGAUUGGUGGUCCUCCCAACAACAACCUGCUACAGAGAAACAAGACCUUCAAUUCAGUAAAUCGUUCGCAUCGGCGAUUUCUAAAGCUGCUUACGAAUCUGAAGAAUUGCUAAAACAUUUACAUCAGUCAAAGAAUACUAAGAAGCAAAAAAAUAAUGAAACCCAAGAUGAAACUGAGGAACCUGCAGAUGAAGUCGAAGAAGAAGACGAUGAUGAGGAGAUUAAUAAUUUAAUUGAGAUUUUCGACUCAUGGUGUAAAUGUUUCCAAGAAGUCGAUAAAAAUAAGAUUGAUAUGGAUUCAACAAUGAUUAAAGACUUCAAUGUUAAAUUGGAAAAAAUGAUACAGGUUGAUUAUAAAAAUGCUAUGACUUUACGUAAUAAAGUGAAUGAUUCUAGAUUGGAGUUUGAUGCCAUUCGUCAUGACAUCAAGACAAAGGAAGACGCUGCAGCUGCAAUUGCUAAGGCACAACCUCAACCAACGAUCCCUGAACAGACAGAAAUUGAAGAAACUAAGACAAAAACUGAAGAAACAAAGACAGAAGAAGAACCAAAGGAAGAGAAUACAAAAAAAGAAGAACCUACUGAAUCCAACAAGCCUGUUGAAGAAGAGGAUCUAACUGAGAGUGAGGAUUAUAAAUUGUUAGAAAAACUUGAAGAUGAAUUUGUAAGCAAUACUACCGAAGCCGCUGAAGGUAUGAUGGAAUUCACCAAUAAUACAGAAAUCAUUAAGCUAAUUAAAUUGUUUCAACAGACUCAAUUGAAUUAUUAUAAGAAAUGCACAGAAGAACUUGAAAAAAACAUGAAAUUUUUAGACGAAUUUGAAGUUGAUGAAUCAAGUACAGCCGCAUAA